AUGAACCAGUCAAGAGCCCUUCCAGAGUGCUGGGGACACCGAGGCGCCUCAGCAGCAUUUCCUGAGAACACACUCGCAAGCUUUGAAGCUGCCAUUAGGGAUGGGGCUGAAGGCAUCGAGAGCGACGUCCACGUAUCGUUGGAUAACGUUGUUAUAAUGUUCCACGAUCCGGACCUCCAACGAACGACUGACUCGAUAGGUAAGAUCAAGGAGCGUAGAUGGUAUGGCCAAGAUGGAAUGGAACACGUCCGGACAAGAAAGGCACCUGUCCAAGCUAUUCCCACCUUCGCAGAGACCGUGGCAUUACUCAUGAAGUCUGAAAACCUGCAUGUCAAGUUCAACGUCGAUGUGAAGCCCCAGAACGACCCCGAGCGAUUGUUCAAGCUGAUGAACGAGAUCAUCUCGUCUCAGCCUGACUGGGAGGUCAACCUCGCUCCAAGAAUUCUCCUGGGACUUUGGCAUCCACGAUUCUUGGCACAUGCCAAAGCUCUCCUGCCAUACUGCAGGCGAUCGCAUAUCGGAGAAAGCUUGUACCUGUCGCGCAAGUACUUCUGGGACGACUGCGAAGUCUUUUCGGUCAGGUUUAGCGUGCUCACGUCGGCCGAUGGUCAGAAGUUCAGAGAUGAGUGCAAGACGGCAAACAAGAAGAUCAUGGUAUGGACCGUUAACAACCCGGAGCACAUGAUGGAGGCAGUCAGAUGGGGUGUAGCUUCGAUCCUCACCGAUGUGACGAAGACGUGGCUUGAUCUUCGUACUGGUUUGCAAUCGGACUAUGACAAGAUCGGAGCUCAGUAUGGGCGUGGUUUCUUGUGGACCACCCCGUAUUACUACACGCCCUUCUUGAAAUUCCUGGGAUUCGCAUCGCAGAAGAGGCUGGAGGUAGUAGCGGGACCGUUUGAUCAGUUUGCGAUGCCCGCUGCUAUCAAGGGGGCGGCGUGA